AUGAGCGUGCCCUCGAAUUCGGAGUAUGACGUUAAGUACUAUAGUAGCUAUGACGUGUAUUCUUCUCCCAACGCUUCUGAGGCUGCCAUCCGUGUUGUGUUCAGCAGCGAAGCUGUGAUUUAUGUCGUCCAGAGGAACGGGCAGGUCGUUCCCAACUGCAAAUAUUUGUUGCAAUAUUUGUUGCAGCAGGGGAUGCUGUGUAGAUCAAAAUGCAAUAUUUGUUGCAAUAUUUUGCCUAGCAGGGGAUCUCAUCCCGUGAAUCUGGUACAUGAUCGGUACAUACCAGCAAAUGCAAAUAUCGUCUGCAGCGGGGCGUGUGGCUAUAAUAGUGCGUGCGAAAUGCAAAACGCGAGGCCCGUCUGCACAUGCCCGCCAGAGUUUUUCCUGGUUAAUCCCCUUGAUCGGAAUGGCGACUGUAUGCCUAACUUCCCGCAGUUUUGCAGCGGUAGUGAAACAGAAAAUGGUUCAUUGCCACAAGACAACGAGUACCGCUUGGAGAUGAUAAGUGACAUCGAUUGGCCUUUGAAUGACUACCAAAAAAUCAGUCCGUGCAGUGUAGAGGAGUGUCAAAGGGCUUGUCUGGAUGAUUGUCUCUGUGGUGUUUCCAUACACAGAGAUAACAGCUGCUGGAAGAAGAAGCUGCCCCUCUCCAAUGGCAGCUCAGCCUUCAUCAAUUUCUUAUUUAUUACAGCUGCUUGCCUCCUCCUCAAAAACAACAAAUCCCUCAACCCUUCGUCGUCUUCAAACCUAUGCUGCUUCACUUACAAAGAGCUCGAGCUGGCCACGGAUGGGUUCAAAGGGGAGAUUCCACUCGGUUCCCAAAAUAUAGUUUCUGUGAAGAAGCUGGACAGGAUGUUUCAAGAUUCCGAGAAAGAGUUCAAGACAGAAGUGAACGUCAUCGGCCGGACUCACCACAAGAAUUUAGUGAGCAUGGUCGGGUUCUGUGAGGAGGGUCUUCAUCGUUUGCUCGUGUACGAGUACAUGAGCAAUGGGACACUAGCGGACUUUCUGUUCAGCCAUCUGCGGCCGAGCUGGAGCCUCCGGGCUCAGAUCGCAGUGGGGAUCGCAAAGGGGCUGGCGUACUUGCACGAGGAGUGCAGCACCCAGAUCAUCCACUGCGACAUAAAGCCUCACAACAUACUUCUUGAUGAAUGCAGUAUCGCCAGGAUUUCGGAUUUCGGGCUUGCUAAGCUUUUGACAAUGGAUCAGAGCAAGACGCUGAUGGGUAUUCGGGGCACCAAGGGCUACGUUGCUCCUGAAUGGUUCAGGAACACACAGGUUUCGGCAAAGGUUGAUGUUUACAGCUUCGGAGUGAUGCUGUUGGAGAUCAUAUCGUGUAGGAAAUCCAUCCGGGACGACCUAGAGUUUGGAGACAGCGAGAAUCCAAUCCUAACGGAUUGGGCUUGGGAUUGCUUUGUGGAAAGAAGAUUGGAUGCAUUGGUGAAGAACGACGAGGAGGCCUUAAGCGAUGGGGAAGCGUUGGAAAGAUUCGUCAUGGUUGGACUUUGGUGCAUUCAAGAAGAUGUAUCUCUUAGGCCAACCAUGAAGAAAGCCUGUCUAAUGCUCGAAGGAGAAGUCGAAGUUCCCGACCCAACGAAUCCAUUCUCUUUCACCCCGGUUAUUUGACGUAAGGACAUCAACAACCACAUGUACUAUAUAUAUACUAUUCAUAAGUCAUAGAAAUACUACUUUCUUUAUAACA